UGUUCAUAUUUUAGGGAAGGAGAAGGUGUUGACGACGAGGAGCUGCCGGAGGAAGAGUCUGCAGCUUUUAGUGAGUGAAAUGUUUUCAUCUGGUACAAAUUCAACAUAGCAAUCUUGAUUUUUGAAUGCAUAUCCGCAAGAAUUAUCAAAGUUAAUUCUAUUUUUCGCAGUAGAUCAGUAUGUUCGUCUUGAACGUGAUAAUUUUGCUCCAUUUGAAUGAUAGUUUUGUUUGAAUGUGUAAUUGUUGACCCCCCCACCCCCCCCCCCCACGUUUCCCUCAGCUUCUGCUGCUCCCAGUUCUGCUUCCCCUGUAGUUAGUAGCUUUAGACUUUUCAAAGAGCAUUAGGCUAAUUUUCCAGAUGAUGAAGCUGUUAACAGGCCUGUAAAUUAUUCUUUUGAUGAUUUCCCAAUGACAUUGUGAGACAGUUUUUGAGAAUUAUGAGUCACCUGUGAAUACCAAAGUGAAACCAGCCCCCUGUUCCUCUUCCUAACCAACCUCCUCCCCAAGUCAGUGGAGUUUAGGAGUAUUUCAGUUUUCCAGUUUUCUCUGGGAAAUAGAUAUGCUGAGUGGUAUGUCUACAAAAAUGCAGGGAAUAUUUAAAAGUUUAGUCUUACCAUAGUGCCCCAUAGUGUCAGAGGUACAUUCAUGCAAAUGAUGAUUCCAAUUGCUGUGCAGUGUGUCAUACUAAGGAGUGUUGUUAUGAUAGUUAAAUAUUUAUCAUACUAUUUUACCCACUGCUUGGUUUUAACUAUAGGCAGUGGUUUAAGAUUUUUUGUUUCCUUAAAGAAAAAUACCAAUGAAGAAUAGAAAAAAAGGAAAAAAAAAUUGAAAAUGUGAAGAAAAGAAAUACAGAAUACCAUAGUUGCCACUUUAUAGCAUUUAUCUUUGUCAGCCUUGAGGUAUGAUAGUUGUGUUUUAAUUCUUAAUUUGUCGGACAGGUAUCCCAUUGAAUGUUAGGGAUAGUGAAAGGCAAAAUUAUUCACUUGGUAACACUUCAAGUACUGUCCCUGAGCUGAAACACCCCUUAUUUUUGUCCAAAAAUACUCUUUCAGAGUUGUUAUUAGUUACUGACAAGGGCAUACUUAAAACAUAAGCAUGCUAUGCAUGCAAGAGUAUUUUGUUUUUGAUGGCUGGGUCAAAAUGGGAAACCAAGCAACUAAUUUUUGCAUUUUGUAAAAGAAAAAGAGUAUUUACCUAUGAAAGAUUCUGAUGAACAUAUUGUUACAUGGAGAGCAAAAAAACAAAACCUUCCAAUUUAUGAUAAAUAAACUCAGAGAAACAUUUUAUGGCCUAUUGCUACUGGUGUCUGAAUAAUUGUUAGCAAAAAUUAACAACAUUAGUGCAGAAAAGUGGUGAGAAAAGUAUCACAUUUCAAAGCAUAACAACAUGGGCUCUUUAUUUGGUAAUUGCCUAUCUGUACUUUGCCCCAUUUGUGCAGAAUACAUGAUAAGGUGCAGGCUGUAAGUGAAGGAGUGUUACACAAAACAUGUUUUAACUUCUAAAUGGUAGAAAAAAAUUCCCUGACCACCUUUGUAACCUCCUACAGGUCAUAGCAAUGAAGUUCUUAAAAGAAAUUAACCAUUGCACUGGGUAGAUGAGCUCACAAUUCUUUGUUAAUGCCAUUCUUGGUGUUUGUCAAUGUUAGUUUGAUUCCAUUGCAACAUAUGACAGUACCCUAAUUUUAUGAUGUGAUUGGCAUGAGGGACAAUACUGUAACACUCUGAUCAGUGCAAGCAUACCUCAUUGCUGUGAUCUGAUUGGUGUGAGAUACAUAACUUAAUGCAGAAGUCAGAUUAAUGCGAGAUACAUACCCUAAUGCGUCCAUCAAAGAUAAAUACUAUUUGACAUGCCAACACAGGGUCAUAUAUUUUAAAUUUUUAGCUAAUAACUCAAACAUCAUUAAAAAAAUGAAUCUUUACUCUUUUUCAGGAAAUGUGAAUUUUCAGAAAAUUCUGAUCUGUAUGAGUCAGAGCAUCUGCUGUAUUUAUCACUCUUCAGGGGAACAAGCUCCUAAAACUCAGUGCUACUGUUCUGGCUCAGUAAAACACAUGCACGCAUCAUGUCUGUUGACAUGGUUCAAACAAAAGUUAAAGAAAACUUGUGAAUUAUGUCACAAAAGUGAUCAAGAAAAAGGGCAAACCAUAUAUGCUGAGGUAAUUGUUAUUUCUAAGCCCUUUUCUAUUGAGUUGUAUUGGUUCAGUUGAUCUUCAUUUUAUCAGGGUCAACAUUUUUGUUUUCAUUGUCAUCAUUUUCACCACCUUUGUAACCUUUGCCAUACCCCUCUCCCCUUGGUAUUCUAUUUCCCCCCCUCCCUUCAUCUCUUUAAGCUUUUGUCCCUCUCUUCUCCCAUGUUUCUGUUGGGAAAUUGAGCAACACAAAGGUGUUUGAUAGAUUAAGGAUUUUUAUUUACUGAAUGAAGUAGAGGAAGUGUGACAGUGGGCUACAAAGAAAAUUGAAUGUUUUUGGAACCAAAGUCAAAACCAUAUCCUUGUACUAUUUCCAGAUUUUCACAUUUCCAGACUACCAAGUUAAGAUAGAUGCAACUUAGCUAAAGAAUUACUGGCAUAUUUCCAGAAUUCCACAUUUCCAGACUACUGAGAUAAAUGUAAGUUAAAGACUAAUUUGCAUAUUUCUAGAUGUACCAAGUUAAUAUGCUUGUGAGUAAGCUAACUGACAUAUCACAUAUUUUUACACGUUUUUCUCUAAGGUGAUGAAUUUGAUGUGCAGCACAUUCCAUUGUGAUGAUGUGUUCUGUGCUCUUCUACCCCAAGUUAAA